AAUCCCUGUCCCACCCCUGCAGUGCCAGGGCUCUGUGCAUUGUUGCCUUCAUCCUCUUCUUCCUCUUCCUCACCUGUGCCCUACCUAGCGGGGGUGCAAUCAGCUGAGGCUGUCUGGCCCCUCCCUGGGCUGGGCCUGGCUAUAAAACCCAGGGGCCAGGCAGAGGGUGUCACAAGGAUCUGGGAGCUGUUGGCAGGUGAGUCCGGGGGUGCCAGGGCUGAACUUGGGGGGUUUAGUCUGUUGGAUGCUGCUGCUAUCCCUGGGCUGGAGAUGGGAUCCUGCUUGGUUCCCACAGGACUCAGAGCUGGGUCUGGAUUUGGCCUCGCCACAAUGAGUUUUGGAUUAUGCUUUUUGGGGCACAAGAUGCCACAGAGUAGGUUUGGGGGGCACAGCCUUGGGCACAACAUGAGGUGCAGAGGGGGCUGCUGGUGUGUACGAGGGCUGUUCCCAUGGGACACCUCAAGUGCUGUGUCUGGGUGACGCUGGAAUGGCCCCAGCUGGACAUGGGGAGCAGAGGGGUCUGAUGAGGGGCAAAGGGGCCAUUCCCGUGGGAUAUCCCCCUCCUGUGUGGGUGGUGUUGGGAUGGCUCUGUGGGGCAGGUGGACAUGGGGAGCAGGAGCUGCCAUCCGUGUCCCAGCCACCAGGAAAUGGUGGUGGUGACCCUGGUGACAUAGCCUUGAGUCACACUGGAGACUGCAGGUGACAGACAGCCCAUGUCCGGUACACGGGCUGGGAGGGAUGCUUGGAGAGAGGCAGCCCAGUCCCUGAACCGCCCCAUCCCUGUCCCCAGACAGCAGCAGCAGCAGCGAUGGCAACACUCUACCCCUCCCUGGAGGACAUGAAGGGCCACCAGGUCCUGCAGGCACAGGCAGCAGCUGGGGUGAGGACCCCUGCCACCACAGUGGCCACAGAGAAGCCAAAGCUCACCUCUGCCACCACAGCGGCCACAGAGAAGCCAAAGCUCACCUCGGGCACUGAGCCUCCUGUGCUGUACCCCAACCUGGCCGAGCUGGAGAACUACAUGGGGCUGGCGCUCUCCAGCGAGGAGAUCCAGAAGAACCUGGGCACGGAGGACAGCACCGUAGGUGUCUGGGCUGGCAGCUCCCUGCCCCUUGUGGCUCCCCGUGCCUGAACGGGGCUCCCUUGGGUUCCUCACCCUGCCCGAGAAAGGCAUGCAGCCCUCCCAAAGGGGGGCUGAGGUGUCCCCCUGU